ACACAGCCAUCUUCAUGUGUAAAUGCUGUAAUCUUUUCUCACCAAAUCAGUCCGAACUCCUGACCCACGUUUCUGAGAAGCACGGGGAAGAAGGGGUUAAUGUGGAUGACAUCAUCAUUCCCCUCAAACCUCUAAGUACUCCUGAACCUCCCAACCCAAGCAAGAGUGGAGAUGAGUUCUUGGUCAUGAAGAGGAAGAGAGGCAGGCCUAAAGGUUCCACGAAGAAGCCCAGUGCUGAAGAGGAGAUGGCAGACAGCCUUGUGAGCUCCGGUGGAGAUGGUCCCGUGGCUCCAGAGGAAGGAAGCAGCCUGGCGCCCAGCAGCCUGGAGUGCAACAAAUGCUGCCGGAAGUUCUCCAACGCGCGACAACUGCGCAAACACAUCUGCAUCAUUGUGCUGAAUCUGGGUGAGGAGGAAGGAGAUGCAGGUAAUGAGUCAGACCUUGAACUGGAAAAGAAAUACAAAGAAGAUGAUCGAGAAAAGGCUCCAAAAAGACCUCGGACCCAGAAAACAGAGAAACUUCAGAAAAUCCCCUCAGGAAAGGAGGCAAGGCAGCUUUCGGGAGCCAAGAAACCCAUCAUCAGCGUGGUCUUAACGGCUCAUGAAGCCAUUCCAGGGGCUACCAAAAUUAUUCCAGUGGAGGCCGGGCCUCCCGAAACAGGAGCAGCCCAUCCUGAGACCACCACAGCAGACCUGGUGCCACGAAGAGGCUACCAAGAAUACUCCAUUCAGCAGACCCCAUAUGAGCAGCCCAUGAAGUCAAGCAGGUUAGCUCCCACCCAGCUGAAAAUCUUCACUUGUGAAUACUGCAACAAAGUCUUUAAGUUCAAGCACUCGCUGCAGGCCCACCUGAGAAUCCACACCAAUGAGAAGCCCUACAAGUGCCCGCAGUGCAGCUAUGCCAGCGCCAUUAAGGCCAACCUCAAUGUGCACCUGCGCAAGCACACAGGGGAGAAGUUCGCCUGCGACUGCUGCGCCUUCACCUGCCUCAGCAAGGGCCACCUCAAGGUGCAUGUCGAGCGCGUGCACAAAAAGAUCAAGCAGCACUGCCGCUUCUGCAGGAAGAAGUACUCCGACGUCAAGAACCUCAUCAAGCACAUUCGGGACACUCACGACCCACAGGACAAGAAGGUCAAAGAAGCCCUGGAUGAGCUCCGCCUGAUGACGAGGGAGGGCAAGCGGCAGCUGCUGUAUCACUGCCACAUCUGUGAGCGCAAGUUCAAGAACGAGCUAGACCGGGACCGCCACAUGCUGGUCCAUGGGGACAAAUGGCCCUUCGCCUGUGAGCUCUGUGGCCACGGGGCCACCAAGUACCAGGCUCUGGAGGUGCACGUCAGGAAGCACCCCUUUGUGUACGUCUGUGCCGUAUGCCUCAAGAAGUUUGUCAGCUCCAUCAGGCUGCGCUCCCACAUCCGAGAGGUGCAUGGGACGGCCCAGGAGACCUCAGUCUUUACCAGCUCCAUCAACCAGAGCUUCUGCCUCCUGGAGCCUGGUGGGGACAUCCAGCAGGAAGCCUUGGGGGACCAGCUGCAGCUGGCAGCAGAGGAGUUUGUGUGCCCGGAUAUGGACGUGCUCAAGGAGGAGGCCUGUCCUGAGGAUGCUCAGCCCGGGGCAGGGUCGAGGGAGCUGGAGGCCCCUGGAGAGGUGCUUGCUCCGGCCGUGCCCUUGGCCACCUCCCAGACUGAAAGUGCUGCCCUACCCCGCUGUAAGCUGGAAACCACUGUGGUCUCCUCAGACCUGAACUCUCUUGCAGUGGUUUCAGAUGUUUUUUUAUUGAAAAACAAUACCUCCUCUGCUGAGGCUCAUGCUGUUGCCAAGACAACCUUGGACACUCCGCAUGAAGGCUCAGCUCCCACUCAGGGUGAAGAAGUCUCACUGCUGCUGUCCAAGGCCAGCAGUGCUGGACCAAACCAGGAGACCCAGAGUAGCCAGAGCCCUGACGGUAAAGGGCAGGAUGUAGUUACCCUGCCAGUCAGAGAAUCUGACCCUAGCAGGUGUCUUAGGCCAAACCCAGCCGAGGCCUCGGACCUCCUCCCUAUGAUGGCUGAUAGAGGGGACGUUGGUGUGUGCCAGCCUGACUCUUGCAAAUCCUCCUCUGAACACCGGCCUGGCAGCACGGCAUUCAUGAGGGUGCUGGACAGUCUUCAGAAGAAGCAAAUGAACACCGGUCUGUGUGAGAGGAUCCGGAAAGUUUACGGAGACCUGGAGUGUGAAUACUGUGGCAAACUUUUUUGGUACCAAGUGCACUUUGACAUGCAUGUCCGCACCCACACCCGGGAACACCUGUAUUAUUGCUCCCAGUGUCACUAUUCUUCCAUCACCAAAAACUGCCUUAAACGCCAUGUAAUUCAGAAACACAGUAACAUCUUGCUGAAGUGUCCCACUGACGGCUGUGACUACUCGACUCCAGAUAAAUAUAAGCUGCAGGCCCACCUUAAAGUUCACACAGAGCUGGACAAAAGGAGUUAUUCUUGUCCAGUGUGUGAAAAAUCUUUCUCAGAAGAUCGAUUGAUAAAGUCACAUAUCAAGACCAAUCAUCCCGAGGUCUCCAUGAGCACCAUUUCUGAGGUUCUUGGGAGAAGGGUACAGCUCAAAGGGCUAAUUGGAAAGCGAGCCAUGAAAUGCCCAUACUGUGAUUUCUAUUUCAUGAAGAAUGGCUCAGACCUUCAGCGUCAUAUCUGGGCUCAUGAGGGUGUGAAGCCCUUCAAAUGUUCUUUAUGUGAAUAUGCAACUCGUAGCAAGAGCAACCUCAAGGCUCAUAUGAAUCGCCACAGCACCGAGAAGACCCAUCUAUGUGACAUGUGUGGCAAGAAAUUCAAAUCUAAAGGAACACUGAAAAGUCACAAGCUCCUUCAUACAUCUGAUGGGAAGCAGUUCAAAUGUACAGUGUGUGACUACACAGCAGCCCAGAAGCCACAGCUGCUGCGGCACAUGGAGCAACAUGCCUCCUUCAAGCCUUUCCGCUGUGCUCACUGUCAUUACUCCUGCAACAUCUCUGGCUCUCUGAAGCGCCACUACAAUCGGAAGCACCCCAAUGAGGAGUAUGCUAAUGUGGGCCGUGGGGAGCUGGCGGCUGAAGUGCUCAUCCAGCAAGGUGGUCUGAAGUGUCCUGUCUGCAGCUUUGUGUAUGGCACCAAAUGGGAGUUCAACAGGCACUUGAAGAACAAACAUGGCUUGAAGGUGGUGGAGAUUGAUGGAGACCCCAAAUGGGAGCCAGCAACAGAGACUCCUGAGGAGCCUUCCACCCAGUAUCUUCACAUCACAGAGGCUGAGGAGGACAUUCAAGGGACACAAGCAGCUGUGGCCGCACUUCAGGACCUGAGAUACACCUCUGAGAGUGGUGAUCGUCUUGACCCCACAGCUGUGAACAUCCUGCAGCAGAUCAUUGAGCUGGGCGCGGAGACCCACGAUGCCACUGCCGUUGCCUCUGUGGUUGCCAUGGCACCUGGGACAGUGACCGUUGUGAAACAGGUCACUGAUGAGGAACCCAGCUCCAACCACACAGUCAUGAUCCAGGAGGCGCUCCAACAGGCCUCGGUGGAGCUGGCCGAGCAGCACCAUCUGGUGGUAUCCUCUGAUGAUGUGGAGGGCAUCGAGACCGUGACCGUGUACACGCAGGGCGGGGAGGCCUCGGAGUUCAUCGUGUAUGUGCAGGAGGCCGUGCAGCCCAUGGAGGAGCAGGCUGGGGAGCAGCCAGCCCCGGAACUCUAGAGGAUCCCAGCCUCCUUGCAUGGCAUAGGGCGGCAGCUAGGCUUCCUGGUCACUGGGAAUACCAGGGCAAGGAGGCCACCCAGCCUUCCAAGCCUGCAGAGUAACACUGUCCUUGUCUUUUUUGCUCAGGGGCCCAGGUAUUCUCCACACUGUCUUUUGGGUGGUCGGGGCCAGUGUAUCACCAGCAAUACAGAACCCCAGUCCUCAGCACAGAUUCCCACCUCUGACCUAGCAUCCUCUGUUUCCAGAAGACCUUUACAUCAACUCUGCCCUGCCCCUCCCUUGCUUUAGGGUCCAGAGACUCCCAUCCCCAAUCAGCAUCUUCUCUGAUCACAACCUCAGUCCCUGACCCUCCAGGUGCUCAUCCUCGUCUGGGCCCACUGUGCGGUAGGCAAAGGGGAGAGACACCAUACAGCAAGUGGCCUUAUGGCUUUUGAGUCACCACCUGGUGGGAUGGGUGGGACUGCCCUGGCUUUUUCCACCGAGCCCCACCCUCCUCGAUGCAGGGGCAUUGGGACAAGUGAGUGACCACUUCCCCAUCACAGGGGCCCAGCUUGGAAUUCUUUUGCUUUUGAAAUAAAUGCACUUUCUCCCUUCACCUCCCAUUCUGUGGUG